AUGGCUUCUCUAGAGGGGGUGUCUCUCGAGUUCACUGCUGGGUUCACUACUCUAGACAGAACCCUACUUUCCAGCGUUGGUGGCUUCUCACAACCCAACAAACGGCAGAUCAGAUCGUUGCAAGAACUCCUAGGAAUAAUUCAACCGCUAGGCCUCGAAUUCAUCCAAGGUCACGUCCUCCAGGAGCAAAAAUGGCUCGGCGAAGGUGUCAGCUACAAAGUCUUCAAAUGCCUCCAGAGGUCCACUGGGAAGGUCGUUGCUGUGAAGCAGAUAAAACUGCCAUCAGCGUCGAGUCAAGAGGCCUUUGAUCGGCAAGUAGCAUGUGUAAUGAGAGAUAUCGAGGUCAUGUCCCAUGGCCCUCUUGCCGGCCAUGAGAAUAUGUUGAAUAUCCUGGGUUAUGGAUGGAACUUCAGGGGAAGCGGUUCAAUUCCAUUUCUGGUCACCGAGUUUGCAUCUAGCGGCACCCUACGGGAUUAUCUCCGACGAUAUCGGCUACCUUCUAGGGAUAGACUGUUGAUGUGUGUCAAUGUUGCUCGGGGUCUUCAUGAACUGCAUCUAUGUGGUAUAGCACAUGGCGACUUGAAGCUGGAUAAUGUCCUUGUCACGCCUCACACCAGUGCACAGUCUGGACCAGAAUUGUCGUCACAGACUGUAGUUGCGAAGAUUUCGGAUUUCGGCCACUCCCUUCUCUUGUACGAGGAUGACGAGGCAAAAGAAGACCAGAAGUAUGGUGGUACAUUAGCAUACAAUGCCCCUGAGAUAGCGAAGAGCCACGGUCUCGAUCACCAGACGCUCAACUUUCGAAAAUGCGAUGUCUGGGCACUGGGUCUCUUAUGCUGGGAGUCUUUAGACAAUGGCUCCCCGUACUACAAAAGCGAUCGAAUUCGGGACCUUAUUGCAUUUACGAAAACUGACUCCAGAUCAACCUCUGAUCACUCUGCCAGUGCCAGCAAAGGCUCAACAUCUACGAGCAAGGAAACAACAUCAACCACUGAAAGUAUCCUGGGGAGUCUUUCCGCACUGUCUGACCGAUUGCAAGAAGUUGCAAUAGACUUCUUAGACUCUGAAAUUGUCGGAGACCUCUAUUCUUUUGAGAAGGGCAAGCUCCGCGAACUUUUUCAAGCAACGUUGGACGUUGACCCCGAUCAGAGAGUAGCCGACAUCCCUAUGCUACCCCUGCUUCUCAAAACCAAAGCGAGAACUGGCCGAUUAAGAGUUGGACAGUCUUCGGGCAAGUCUGCUGAAUGGUCAUUCGAGGUGUUUCGGCCAUCUCAAGUUGCUCAAAUUCCACAUCUAGUAAAAAUACAAAUCUUGAAUGAUUGUGUUCGCCUAGGAUCGGAAGCUGGCCGCUCCAUCGCUUCAGCACACGCGGCUUUCCAUGUGUCUCUUGUGUAUCUUUUAGGAUUCGGCACCAAUGCUGAUACAGAUCAAGCCCUGGAAUGGGCCACGAAAAGUGGCUUCAAAGGUUUGCCGAAUGCCGGUACCCUACAUGAGCUUAUCACGGAGACAUACUUGAACGACAGAACUUCGGAGCCACUCGAAAGUCAGCAGCGAUACACAAGAAUCAUUCGCGAGGCUUUCCGCAGACUGGAAAUCCCAUACCUAGACGCGAUACCUUCUACAACAACACUUACAUAUGCUGAGCUGAAACAGAUUACUGAGGAUCAUGAACGUGAAAAUCAAGAGAACGAGGUACAAACGCCAUUCUACUUUGCUCACUAUGCGGUUCGCCACGGGCUUACAAAAUCCUUGACUGGUCGAGACAAUAUCAAUCUUCCGUCCCACUCAACUGGAGAGACGGCACUGAGUCUUGCCUGCCAAUUAGGGGAUAUCCAUGCUGUUCACGACCUUAUCUCGGUCGGUGCAGAUCCUUAUUUGGCCGCCCACGAUGGGUGUCUUCCGGUGCAUUUCAUUUGCAUGUUCCCUCCGGAAUACAUGAAAUUAGCAGCAUGUCUCCUGCUAGGCUUUGACCGCUUUCAACAACCCACACUCCCACGCCCUGCGUCGGUUAUUUCUGUGAAAUCUGCAUCAAUUACUAAAACCGCACUUGUGAAGUACGAGUUUCACCCGGUAGAAGAUAAUGCCUUGACACUGAUACUAGGCGAGGAGGUUAUAGUGUUGCACGCUGUCGACGAGGAGUGGUGGCUUGGUAUAGAUUCAAGGGGCAAAAGUGGCAUUUUCCCGCGCAUGUUCGUUGACUUCAGUGGCGAAGACCCACCACUCGAAGGUACUGCCAACACUUCCCCUCCUAAACCCCAAGAUCACGAGGAUGGGCAUAUCGCAGAAUACCAAGGGGCAAGGUUUGUAGCGACUCGAAGUGGUAUUACUUACGAUCAAGCGACUACCGAGGUGCCGGCAGUUUCAGAGGACCCUAAUUUAGUAGACCCUAAGUCCCCUUCAUCAAUCAGGGAAGAUAAGGGGAAACAGCCCGUCGACGAGAAUUCCUCAUUUCCAACCCCCGAGGACUAUUCUGCUGCGGAACGCCGAUGUGCCGAAGCAAAAGGUACAUCGAGGGGGUUUAUUGAUAACAUUGUCAGCGAGCCACGGUAUCUUGAUCGUCAAUUUCCACUUCAACUUGUUGGAACCCCGCUCGCAUUCGCAGUUGCUGUUGGUUCUCAAGAUGCAGUGGAGCUUUUGCUACAUCUUGGGGCUGGUCCGACAAAUGGUCCUCGAGACUGGACAUCCGACGCUCGAAAUGGGAGCCCUGUCCAUUUAGCCACCAGCCUGCACUUGGUCAAUAUUCUAGACCUUCUUGUGAACGAAACUCAAGAGCGACUACGUACCAUAAAUAACAACGUAAAUGGUGAAGGCAUUAAGCAUUGCUUACAAUCGGCGUGGAGGUCCCUGGCUGAAUCAUCCACAGUAGAACGGACAUUCAUCCAUGGUCGACACAAGCAGCGGGCUAUUGAAGAAAUGCUCUUUUACCUGCGAGAGACGCUGGUAACAGCAUACCCUUCAACCCCUAUGCUUACAACAACCGGACUUAUUAGAUCAUCGAUAGAGAUGGGUGACAUUGCCAUUGCUAACGCCGGAUUACCAUUUCCGGAGCAAAGUGAGGAUGGAACCAUGGAGUCGCGACUUUCAGUGGAAAACAGGAAUCUGCUCAUGCUCAUGUGCACGAAAGCGGCAUGUUCGGGAGCAUUUGACAUGCCUGAUUGCUAUUGGCUGUUGGAGUUUGCUCUUUCCCGUGGCUCCCAUCUUGAUUGCAAUCUAAGUGGAGCGGAUGAGCAGCGAGCAAUCAACACGGCUAUUGAGUUUCAUCGCGCAGAAAUACUGGACUGGUUCAUCGAGCAUGGUGCUUCCCUGAACGUCAAAGACACCAAGGGAUUGUAUCCUCUUCACUACUUAAUUAAUAGCGGAUUCUCUGAAACGUACUCAAUCAAGAAACUGCUUGACGCCGGCGCAGAUCCAAAUGCCCGAGAAGGUCUGAACGGGGAAACUAAGGACACCGCUCUACAGCUCGCGAUCAAGAAAGAUAGACUCGAAGACGUUUCGCUGUUGAUUCAAGAAGGAGCAGAUCCAACUAUCUUGUGUGGUGGGGGAAAUGUGACCUCGCUUUCAGGUCUGCAUUGUGCAAUCCACGUAGGGAAUCUCGACGUUAUUUCCUUGCUUUUGAAAAGGGGUUUCGAUGAAGCGAUGUCGCCCGCAACCGAAUCUCGUACCCUGGCGCAGAAAGUCGAACUCUUGUCACAACAGGAUGGUGGUGGGAAUACCCCUCUGCUUGCUGCCGCUCUCAAAGGAGAUGUCGCAGUUGUCAAUAUCCUUCUAGAAGCUGGUGCAGAUGUUUCUGCAUUCAACUCUGGUUCGCAUCAAUAUAGUGGAUAUAAUUGCAUGCAUUGCGCGGCAAGCCAACUGCAUGAUGCCCUCUUGGACGUAUUUUCGAAGAAAAUGGAUAUCAAUUUGAAGACCCUGGCUUUCGGAUUCACAGCACUACAUCUUGCUGCGUAUUCCCUGAGGAAAGAUACAGAGUCAGCAAGCAGAUGUUGUUCUGUGUUGCUCAAGGCAGGUGCAGAUCCAGGGAUUCUAGACGACCAAGGAAAUACUUCCUUUCAUUUAAUUGCUUUCCCCUUCUCUGGCAAUGAUGACGAGCGAAAUCAUCACAUUCGACGGCCAUUACUCGAGUUAAUUGUUGAAAAGGAUAUAAGCCUCGAUUAUCGAUCCACAGGUUGGCAAGUGCCAUGCAUGCUCCAUCAAGCAAUCGACAAUCACGAUGUGAUAUUCGUUCAAGAUCUUCUAGAACUUGGAGCAUCCGUGGAUAUCCUCGACAACGUCGGAUGGACUCCACUCAGACGGUGUAUUAGCUUAGGAAAGGCCACAAGUUUCAAGAACCCGGGGGAGACGUUAGCAAAGAUAUGCACAAUCGCCGAAAUUUUGAUUGACAAGGGAGCAGAUAUUUACGUGUUGGACCAACAUGGGGUGUCUCUCUUAGAACACGCAGUUCUCUCCCGGAACGCGCCAAUCGUUCAUCUGCUCUUGAAGCAUUUCGAAGUUGGCUUCACCCGAAUGCCUUCUCAACCAGGAAAUACUCUCAGACCAGCCAUCGAGACUCCUCCAUCUUCCGUCGCUGUUCCUCCACCCAAACCCAGCAAACGCGACGCACUAAAGGGAAAGUUCAAACAAAUUAUCAAGCACAAAGAACCUCUAAUAUCCGACGCAUCCCGACUCAAAAGCAAUGCACUAGCCGAAGAGCGCUUCCAAAAUGUCGGUAGUAUCGACCGCGUCAUAAUAAUCACGGCCUGGAAACUAGCAACCGCAUGUGCUUACUGGGACAGCGUGUCCGCAUUCAUCGACCGAAACUUGCACGGCGAAACCACCGCCCUCGGUAUCCCAUCUGGCCUCGGCCUGCUACGCUACGCCUUAGACGAAGAAAUUGGUACAGUGCUCAUGGCUUUUAUGGGAAGCCACCAAUAUCUCUUAUCCGGCACACUCAUCGAAGUUCGCGAGGCUGAUCCAGUUCUCCAGGCAACCUGGAUCCGGGUCGCGCAAAGCGGGGAAGUUCAACGUGGAAAAGAUAUCGGCAAACAAUCGCUACACCGUGUCGCGCAGCUCCAGCAAGCUGGUGGGUUCACGCCACGACUUGACUUCCCUUCACUGGUUGAAAAACACUUUAUCGAGGGCCAGCAAGAAUUCAAUGAAAUGGAAAGCUAUUCAUUGAAAGAAGUGCUCAGCAGCACGACUGAAACGGAAGUCGAACCGCUAGUCGGAGCACUAUUUGAUGACGAAGAGACCCAAAAUCGAAGAAAUUGGGAAUUUGACGAGGACGUGCAGCUUCAGCUUAAUAGUCUGCUUGGUAGUAUGCGGCUGAAGAUCGGGCUACCCUUGCUAAAGGAUUCGUAG